ACACAGCUGAUCGAGGAGGAGCCGGAGGAGAUUUGGCGCUAGUUAGAAGUCAGAGUGCGGAAGAAGACGGACUGAAAGGGACGCCGAGAGGACCUCAGGACGAUAAAACACCCGACCAGAGCCGAGAAGACGUCUUUUAUCUUGUUUUUAGAAAGGUCCAACCCAGAAUGCCCAGCACGCGCUCUCAGGGCCGGGCUCAGCCCACGCUGUCGUUCCCUCGCCGCAAAUCCUGCAGAGUUUCCUCGCGUUCCAAGACACCACAGCUGGAGAAACCUCCCGCUCCAUCACCCACCAAACCUGAGCUGCAGCCCGUCGAGCAGACCCUGACCCGGAUCGGGCCGCUCUCUCCGAGACGCCCUGCUUACCAGCCCUGCUCUCUCUCGCCCAGACAUCCUGCUGCACCUCCCUCCUCCCCCGGCGUCCAGCCACGGCUUCCGCUCAGCCCCCGCAAACGCACAGGGGACGACAACGGCUGUAACCUCAGCGCCGGCCUGCUGGGUUCGCCGCCGAAGCAGAGCAGACCAUGUCUGGCCUCCCCACGAACGCUCCGCUUUGACGAGAACUCGCCUGUCCCGGCUCGCCGACAGCUGGUCCCGUCAUCGCCGAAGCAGCCCCUCUCUCCCGCCGCCCAAUCGUCCCCAAGGCGACAGGAAACGCCCGCUGGAAGUCCAGCACGCCAAAACCCAGAGAAGAAGCAGCCGGUAGCGGUGCUCUUUGCAGAAAAGUCCAGGUUUCAGUGUGUCAAGCAGGCGCUGCACACCGCCGUCCCCGAGCGGCUGCUGUCCCGGGAGGCCGAGCGGACGUCCAUUCGCUCCUUCCUGGAGGAGAAGGUCCUGCAGCGCCUCCCCGGCAGCCUCUACAUCUCUGGGGCCCCGGGGACGGGCAAGACGGCCUGCCUCAACUGUGUGCUGCAGGAGAUGAAGGCCGAGCUGUCGUCGGUGCAGACGGUGGUGGUGAACUGUAUGAGUCUGCGGAGCUCCCACGCCAUCUUCCCUCUGCUGGCCGACAAGCUGAGAGCGCCCGGGGGACAGACCGGACUGCAGAGGUUCCUGGUGGCCCCGGGGCCCGCUGUGCUUCUCGUCCUCGAUGAGAUGGACCAGCUGGACAGUAAAGCUCAGGACGUCCUCUACACCAUCUUCGAGUGGCCGUACCUGCCGAAGUCUCGUCUCUGUCUCAUCGGUAUCGCCAACGCUCUGGAUUUGACAGACCGCAUUCUGCCGCGCCUGCAGGCUCGUCCUCACUGCCGCCCCCUGCUGCUCAACUUCCCUCCCUACAGCCGGCAGGAGCUCGCCGCCAUCGUGCAGGACAGACUCGCUCAGGCGUCGGCUGAAGGGAUCAUGGACGCCUCGGCGGUUCAGUUCUGCGCCCGGAAAGUGUCGGCGGUGUCGGGAGACGCCAGGAAAGCUCUGGACAUCUGCAGGAGAGCCGUUGAGGUCGUGGAGUCUGACGAGAGGAAGAAAGGAUCAGAAGAGAAACCGGAAGCUAAAGCGUCGCGGGUCGGCCUUCCUCAGGUGGCCCGGGUGCUGUCGGAGGUCUACGGCGACCGGAUGGCGUCUCAGAGCGGCGGCUCCGAUGGAGAGAGUUUCCCCCUGCAGCAGAAGCUGCUGGUCUGCUGCCUGCUGCUGCUCACACGCAGCGGAAAGAGCAAAGAGGUCGUCCUCGGAAAGCUCCACGAGGUCUACAGCCGUCUGUGCGCUCAGAGGCAGGUGUGUGCCGUCGCUCAGGGCGAGUGUUUGUCUCUCUGCACGCUGCUGGAGAGUCGAGGGAUCUUCGCUCUGAAGAAGGCGAAGGAGGCUCGGCUCACUAAGGUGUUCCUGAAGAUCGAGGAGAAGGACGUGGAAAACGCCCUGAAGGACCGGACUCUGCUGGGCAGCAUCCUGGCUGCAGGGCUGCCCUCAUGACCGCGUUUGUUUGUUUUUUGUUUUUUUAUCUCACUUUUUUUUAAUGGACUUUUUAUUCUCAUUUUUGCUGAGAAUUUGCAGGGUUUUUGUUUUUGUUUUUUUUUGUGAAAAUGUUCAGAAAAAAGAUUUUUUUUUUUCCUCCUGGUGCUGAACUGCACACAUCAGCGAUGAAAUGACAGCAUUUGUUUCAGUUUGGAUUUGAAACGUUUGUGUUUUUUAUGCUGUAAAUAAACGUGUACAGACAUUUUAA